GCGGCCCCCGCUCCCCAUCAUCAUCCUCAUCUUCAUCUUCAUCGUUAUCAUCCUCGUCCCCCCCGCCGCUGCUGCCGCCGCUGCUGCUCCUCCUGGCGCUGCCCGGCGGCGGGGGCGCGGUACCGGCGGCGGCGGGAGGGGACAGCGUGAUCCUGGGGAUGCGGCUGGAAGAGAGCACCAAACCGGGAGCGGGGGGUUCGGUGCCCACCCGGGGGCCCAUCUGGGUGACGGAAGGCAGCGAGGUGUUGUUGCGCCUCUACGGGUUGGGGUUGGGGCCCCGUACGGCCGAACGGGUGGCUUUCGCCGAGCUCCGGCCGGUGGCCACCACCGACGACAACCUCAACGCCUCCUCGGUGGCCAACGGCACCUGCCCCGAACGUUCUCAGGAUCUCCUGGUUCAACCCGGCCCCGCCGAGGCCCGCGACACCUCAGCGUUGUUGAGGGUGAGGGUCCAACCUCUACGGAAAGACGAACAAACCAAGACCUACGUCCUCUGCACCCAACGGAGACCCGGCCAACCUUGGGUCCUCCACACCGGGGCCGACGGGAGGAUCGUGGUCUUGGAGGAGAAGAAGUCUCUCCUGCCCCUCUGGCUCCAGGUGAUCCUCAUCGUCGGGUUGUUGGUCCUCUCGGGGAUGUUCAGCGGGCUCAACUUGGGCUUGAUGGCCUUGGACCCCAUGGAGUUGCGCAUCGUGCAGAACUGCGGCACCGAGAAGGAGAAACGUUACGCCCGUAAGAUCGAGCCCAUCCGUCGGAAGGGGAAUUACCUCCUCUGUUCCCUCCUGCUGGGCAACGUCUUGGUCAACACCACCCUCACCAUCCUCCUGGACGAUCUCAUCGGCUCCGGCAUCGGGGCGGUGGUGGCUUCCACCAUCGGCAUCGUCAUCUUCGGGGAGAUCGUGCCCCAAGCAUUGUGUUCCCGCCACGGCUUGGCCGUAGGGGCCAACACCAUCGUGGUCACCAAGUUCUUCAUGUUGGUGACGUUCCCCCUCUCCUACCCCAUCAGCAAGCUCCUGGACUGGAUCCUGGGCCAGGAGAUCGGCACCGUCUACAACCGGGAGAAGCUGGUGGAGAUGUUGAAGGUGACGGAACCCUACAACGACCUGGUGAGGGAAGAGCUCAACAUGAUCCAGGGGGCCUUGGAGCUGCGCACCAAGACGGUGGAGGACGUGAUGACCCCCUUGCAGAACUGCUUCAUGAUCAACAGCGACGCCAUCCUGGACUUCAACACCAUGUCAGAGAUCAUGGAGAGCGGCUACACCCGCAUCCCCGUCUACGAGGAUGAGCGCUCCAACAUCAUGGACAUCCUCUAUGUCAAGGACCUGGCCUUCGUCGACCCCGACGACUGCACCCCCCUCAAGACCAUCACCAAGUUCUACAACCACCCCGUCCACGUCGUCUUCCACGACACCAAGCUGGACGCCAUGCUGGAGGAGUUCAAAAAAGGGAAGUCCCACCUGGCCAUCGUGCAGAAGGUGAACAACGAAGGGGAAGGAGAUCCCUUCUACGAGGUGCUGGGGUUGGUGACGCUGGAGGACGUCAUCGAGGAGAUCAUCAAGUCGGAGAUCCUGGACGAGUCGGACACCUACACCGACAACCGCAGCAGGAAGAGGGUGGGCAACCAGAAGAACAAGAGGGACUUCUCGGCCUUCAAGGACCCCGUCAAUGAGCAGAAGGUGAAGGUGUCCCCCCAGCUGCUCUUGGCCGCUCAUCGCUUCCUCUCCACCGAGGUGACGCUUUUCACCCCCAACUUCAUCUCGGAGAAGAUCCUCCUGCGGCUCCUCAAAUGCUCCGACGUCAUCCAGGAGCUGAAGUUUGAUGAUGAGAACAAGAAGUCCCCACGCCACUUCCUCUACUGCAAGAACAAGGCUGCUGACUACUUCAUCCUCAUCCUGCAGGGCAAGGUGGAGGUGGAGGCCGGCAAGGAAUGCAUGAAGUUUGAAGCUGGAGCUUUCUCCUACUAUGGGGUGAUGGCCAUCAGCCCCUCUCCCCCCUCUGCAGAGCUCCGGUCGCCGUCCCACGUCAGCAGCUUGAACCGUUCGGCCUCCCUGAGCUACCACGAACGCUCCGACUCCGUCUCCUCCCCCGUCGGGGGCAGCAACAACCAGCUCAACGCCAGCGCCGGGCCCCAGUACGUGGCCGACUUCAGCGUCCGCGCCCUCACCGACCUCCAGUUCGUCAAGGUGAGGAGGGGGAGGUCAACAAGGGACACCCCCCCACCCAAAGGGAUGUCCCCACACCACUCUCGCCCCCUAAUUCCUAAAGGCAGCACUUGGGCUUUGCUUAGGUUUAGGUGGGCUUUCCACCUAACCUGGUGGCCUUCUAUGAUGGGUUGGGUAGGUCAGGAGAUAUGGGAUGACUUGGGGAUGUGGUCUACCUGGGCUUCUGUAAGGCCUUUGGUGUGGUCCUCUCACAACAUCCUGCUCCCUAAAUUGGAAGGAUAUAGAUUUGAUGGGUGGACUUUUCAGUGGAUGAGGAAUUGGGUGGGUGGUCGCAUCCAGAGGGUGGUACUCCAUGGCUGGAAGGGCAGAUGGAGAGCGGUGACAAGAGGUGUCCCUCAAGGGGCCGUGCUGGGACCCAUAGUGUUUAACCUUUUUAUCAAGGAUAUAGACAGAAGGAUUGAGAGCACCAUCAGCAGAUGACACCAAGGUGUGGGGUGGUAUCCAUCCACCAGAGGGACAGGAUGUCAUCCAGAGGGACCUGGAGAGGUGGGCCCAGGUGAACCUCAUGAGGUUCAACAAGAGCAAGUGGAGGAACAAUACAGCCUGGGGGAUGAAGAGCAGCCCCGAGGAGAAGAACUUGGGGGUGCUGCAUAGAAUCAUAGCAUGGGUUGGGUUGGGUUGGAAGGGACCUUAAAGAUCAUCUAGUUCCAACCCCCCUGCCCUGGGCAGGGACACCUCCCACUAGAGCAGGUUGCUCAAAGCCCUGACUUCUCAUCCCCAACUCAAAGCUGAUGGAUGAGCUGAUGGACACGAGCAGGCAGUGGGCACUCACAGCCCAGAAGGCCAACCCCAUCCU